GAGAAACAUAAGCUUCUGCUAGCUUCAGGCGCUAGUGGGGCUAGCAAUCGUAACAAAAUAUUUACAUUAGUAAUACUUCGUAACUAGGAAAUCUAAUCCACAGUGAAAAAGAGUCUUCCGACUGAAUUUCGUUAUCUCGUGAUAAGAGGCUCUAAUCUACGAAUACGCUUAAUAUCUAUUAAAUACAUGAGUGUAUAAAAUCUAAAGUAUCCGCCAGUUGUUGUGAUAUUUCGUGAAAAUGGUUAUUGCUGUUAAAACUAACCCCUUGAGGUUCAUGAUGGAGAAACCGGUCAAUAGUGAAGAACCCAAGUCCCCUAAAAAACGUCCAGAAGAUCAACAAAGCAGUGACCAAAUAUCAGUGACACCUACAACCACGGGAAAACAGGAAUUCGUUGGGAACUGCAAGGAAUUUCGAAUCGGAAAUAACAAGAACCAUUUGAAAAUCAUUGGAAAUUGUAACAAAAUUCGAUUAACACAUAACAGUGGACACCUGGAAGUGAUUGGAAAUUCAACGCGUGUGAAAAUAGUUAAAAAUGAUGGUACAAUCAGCUAUACCGGAAAUUGUGGAAAAGUGUACCUCGGAAAAGGCUCCUCAAACAAACAUGUGGAUUAUAUUGGUAACAAUGGAGUGCUCAAAGUGGUAUCUGAGGAAAACCUGAAUAUCGGUUGCAAAACCAGGGCAAAGGAUUGUGAAAAAGUACCAUUAGGAAACGGAGGAUCUUCAGUUCAAACCGAGCAGAAUGAAAGCCCUCGUAGUUCAGUGAAAAUUGAAGCUGGAACAACGGAAAUCCAUUUCAAUCCUAGUGGAGGAAUAUGUCUACAACUAAAGAACAACAUAUCUAUACCAAAUUUGAACGCCAACUGUGCUAAUGGAGGCAGUAAUAGUAUCACUAAUUCAGUACGAAUUGCAAGCGGUACUGGUAAUAUAGUGGUUAAUAGUUCUUAUCACGUUUAAAACCAAAUCUUAUAGCAAAUUUGUCAAACGAAACCAAACCGUUUUUGAAACAGGACACAUAGUUCUGGUAUAUCCAAAGAGUAGAUGUGGUUCAUACCAUGACAUAAUCAUCCCAUCGAUUCAGAUUUAACUCUCUUUCGGGAGAGUAUGUUCGCGGUUUUUCAUUUCCUUCCAAUACAUGGUUGGUUUCGUUAUAUAUUUAUUGAAAUGUAACAAAAAAUCUAAACUUUAAUCAUUCUUAUUUAAAAAUCAUAUCUUCAUUAACUAUCAAGUGUAUAGUUCUUGCCAGCAAUAAAGCUAAUUUAGAAAAGAUUGUUCCUAUACUACAUACAUAUAUCAAUUUAGAGAUCAUUCAGAUACUUUUAUUUUCUCCCAUAAUUUAUUUUAAAGACUAAAUAGAUAUGAACGAGACAUCUAAUGAUCUCCAAACCAAUGUUGGAUAGAUUGCUAUCCUUUAUUUAAAUAUAAAGCAAAGCAAAAAUGUUAAAUUAAUUUGUUAUUUAUUAAAUUAAAUCUUAUUUGUUCUGCAUUCUGUGAAUGCUUCAUUGGUAAUUCUAUACCAUGAAUUUAUGUAUAUGAUACUUAUAAAAAUGUAAUAAAUGUAAAAAUGUUGCUAUUUAA